GCUGAAUCGACGUACGUUUGCUACGGGGAUAUGGUGUGUGUCUCUGUGUCCUUGCGGUGCCUGGUGUGAGGUUUGGUGUGCUGUAAAAAGAACGAAAUUGCGUGGGAGAAUGCUAAAAGGUCUUUAGCAGUUUUUUGGAACUCCCACGAAGAACGCACAUCCUUUCCUGGUCCGACCUCUUUCAACCUCAAUGACAACCCACACCACCCGCUCAUCACCACCAGCACAACCAGGUGCAUCAGCACAGCUUGCAUCAGCACAGCUUGCAUCACUCAACGCGUCCGCCCUACAUCACGAGCCAACACCACCACCACCAACGACCGCUACGGGCGGCAUACCCGCCGAACGCUAUGUUGGAUUCGUUGCUGGGCUUGCGUCGGGGGCGACGAAGUUGUUGGUUGGGCAUCCUUUUGACACAGUAAAAGUCCGUCUCCAAACCGAAGGCUCCUUCGGCCGCUUCUCCGGCCCGCUUGACUGCAUGCGCGCCACGAUCCGUAAAGAAGGAUUCCGCGCCCUCUACAAAGGCGCCACGCCCCCUCUCCUCGGCUGGGCGAUGAUGGACAGUGUCCAGAUGGGCUCGCUGAACAAUCUGCGCCUACUGAUCGCGGGUGGUGAUCCGGAGACCAUGUUGAGUAUCCCGGAACAUGCGGCCGCGGGGCUGGGCGCGGGAAUUGUGGUCAGCUUUGUGGCGACGCCAGUCGAGCUGUUGAAAGGGAAGCUGCAGGUGCAGUAUGACGCUGCGACGAGGGUUUAUAAGGGGCCGGUCGACUGUGCGAGGAAGCUGGUCCAAGCGCACGGAAUACCAGGACUAUACCAAGGCCUAAGCGCCUGCCUCCUCUUCCGAAGUUUCUUCUGGGUUCUCUGGGGCAGCUACGAAGUCUACCGACGCAAAUUCACCGAAUGGGGCAUGUCCAAGGGCAUGAUCCCCUUCUUUGCCGGCGGAUGUGCCGCUAACACGUUUUGGACGAUCUCUUUCCCGGCAGAUGUCUUAAAACAGCGAAUGAUGACCCAACCCUCCGCCCACCCGCGCCGCUACCCAACCGUCCGCAGCUGCGCGCAACACAUUUGGCGGACGGAGGGACUUCGUGGGUUCUAUCGAGGCUUCGUCCCGUGUUUCCUGCGAUCGUUUCCGACCAAUGGCGCUGCGAUUUUCGUGUAUGAUGCCGGUAUGCGGUUUGGGAAACGGGUUGUUGAGGGCGGGUGAGGGGGCGAGUGGGCGAGCGAG